AUGCAAUUAGUCUUUACUCAUUUACCACCAAAGGAAUUUAUUGUUGAUAAAAUAGCAAGUAAACAUAAUACUGAAAUUGUUAGAAUACCAGUGAAGCAUUGUGUCUUGAAUCCUAUUGAACUUGGUUGGGCAGGUUUAAAAAAUUACGUUCGACAACAAAAGGUACGUUUUCGUUUGGACGAUAUUGAACAACUUUGUAAUGAAUGGUUAGCAGCAUGUAGUCCUGAACAUGCUUCUGCCUAUUUUGCACAUAUCUAUAAACAAGAAGAAAUAUUUAAAACUGCAGACAAAAAUGUUGAAGAAAUAGAAAAUGAUUUGACCGAUAGUGAAGAUGAUGUUGACGACGAUACAUUAAAUGAUAAUGAAGUUGAUGAUUUAACUGCUUUUUAA